CGACAAUGUUAGUGACUCUUCUGGUUAUCCUCGCUCUUGGUCUGGCAAGUGCAGAAAAUACGGGAAAAUGUAAAAAGAUGGACAAAAAGAUAACGAAAACAACAAAAAAGUUGGAAAAAGCGAAGAAAUCUUUUGAAGCCUUAUGUGCCGUAGCAAUUGAUGGAGGGUGGAGUGACUACAGCGACUGGGGUGCUUGCUCAGCAGGUUGUGGAAAAGGGACACAGACCCGGUCCAAAACCUGCAAUAACCCACCUCCAGCUAAUGGUGGAAAAGAUUGUGGUGGUGAAGCAGUGGAAUCAAGGGAAUGCAUGGACAGCGCAACAUGUUCAACCGGAAUCUGUGCGUGGGGUGAAAGCUACCUGUGCGACACGAGCACUGCCUGUUCAUGGUCUUGUCGAGGUGGACAUUGCUGGAGAGGAUGCAACGGGGCCGCGUGUCCUCACCCGGACGAAGGAUUCUGCUCAGACUGCACGACGUGGUGUUGGCUCAGUGCCAGUGGUUCUGUUGACGAGAAGGCCACAUGUAGCACUGAUGACGACUGUAUUGGGAUCCUGGCAAACCCCUGCGUAGGAGAAAAAGGCUGCGAUUGGUAGGCUCAGAAAUGAAGUGCUGGUGAAGGGUUCCUUUGCAUGUACAAGGAUAUGCUAGAUUUCUAGUAAGUUGUAAUUAAUCGACCAACUU